AUGGAGGUGGAAAUUGGAGGGUGGAUGGGAGAGGCACGUGUAAUUAUGGUGUUAUGGAGGUGUGGAGUGCAGGAGAAUGCGGAGAUAGAUGUCAAAGACUUUGUAAAGUUAGUUGGCGGUGCAGAAAUGAAGCGGGGCUUGAAGAAGUCCAACAAUGUAGCUAGCCUGAACAAAGAACGGUCGUUAGAGACCAACUUCAGGACCAAAAACUCCAACACUUCAUCAACGAGGGAGAGAGAGAGAGACCAACUUCAGGACCAAAAUCUCCAACACUUCAUCAACGAGGGAGAGAGACACCAACUUCGGGACCAAAAACUCCAACACUUCAUCAACGAGGGAGAGAGAGAGAGACCAACUUCAGGACCAAAAACUCCAACACUUCAUCAACGAGGGAGAGAGAGAGAGACCAACUUCAGGACCAAAAUCUCCAACACUUCAUCAACGAGGGAGAGAGACACCAACUUCGGGACCAAAAACUCCAACACUUCAUCAACGAGGGAGAGAGAGAGAGACCAACUUCAGGACCAAAAUCUCCAACACUUCAUCAACGAGGGAGAGAGAGAGAGACCAACUUCAGGACCAAAAACUCCAACACUUCAUCACCGAGGGAGAGAGACCAACUUCAGGACCAAAAACUCCAACACUUCAUCAACGAGGGAGAGAGACACCAACUUCGGGACCAAAAACUCCAACACUUCAUCAACGAGGGAGAGAGAGAGACCAACUUCAGGACCAAAAACUCCAACACUUCAUCAACGAGGGAGAGAGACCAACUUCAGGACCAAAAUCUCCAACACUUCAUCAACGAGGGAGAGAGAGAGACCAACUUCAGGACCAAAAACUCCAACACUUCAUCAACGAGGGAGAGAGACCAACUUCAGGACCAAAAUCUCCAACACUUCAUCAACGAGGGAGAGAGAGAGACCAACUUCAGGACCAAAAACUCCAAUAUGUCAUACAUUCCGGAGGUGUAAGUGGCUGUUAGAUUACACUUCAUCAACGAGGGAGAGAGAGAGAGACCAACUUCAGGACCAAAAUCUCCAACACUUCAUCAACGAGGGAGAGAGAGAGACCAACUUCAGGACCAAAAACUCCAACACUUCAUCAACGAGGGAGAGAGACACCAACUUCGGGACCAAAAACUCCAACACUUCAUCAACGAGGGAGAGAGAGAGACCAACUUCAGGACCAAAAUCUCCAACACUUCAUCAACGAGGGAGAGAGACACCAACUUCAGGACCAAAAACUCCAACACUUCAUCAACGAGGGAGAGAUAGAGACCAACUUCGGGACCAAAAACUCCAACGCUUCAUCAACGAGGGGGAGAGAGAGACCAACUUCAGGACCAAAAACUCCAAAACUUCAUCAACGAGGGAAAGAAAGACCAACUUCGGGACCAAAAACUCCAAAACUUCAUCAACGAGGGAGAGAGAGAGACCAACUUCGGGACCAAAAACUCCAACACUUCAUCAACGAGGGGGAGAGAGAGACCAACUUCAGGACCAAAAACUCCAACACUUCAUCAACGAGGGAGAGAGAGACCAACUUCAGGACCAAAAACUCCAACACUUCAUCAACGAGGGAGAGAGAGACCAACUUCGGGAUCAAAAACUCCAACACUUCAUCAACGAGGGACAGAGAGAGAGACCAACUUCAGGACCAAAAACUCCAAAACUUCAUUAA